AUGCACGUUAUAUUACUUAUAUAUAUUAUCUCGCGCAUUAGUAGCGCGCUGUCUAUACAUACAGUAUACAGUCUACGCCCUCUACUACAAGGCUAAACAUACUACAAUCUGCAAUACGUAUAUCGCGCCCGCAGACUGCGGAGACGCGGACAAUACAAGGGACAACUUGCUCUGAUCACUGGUGCAAGCGCGGUGGCGGCAGGCGGCUAAUGCGGCUAUAUAUAUAUAUAUAUAUAUAUACACACACACACAGACCUAAUAUAAGCUCAGUAGUCAGUUUGAGCCGAGAUGCUGCACCUUACGGACACCGUGCUUCCACCGCAGGACAUCAUGCUCGAGGUUAGGAAGUUUAUUUCCAUUACUACCGCGCGAAACUCUCAAAGCUCAAACACGCUCGAGGUCACGAGAACUGCUCUUGGGCUUCUCAAGAAUGUUCCGGCCACGAGGGAAGCCGUACUCGAGUACUUCUGCUCCGUCUUCUUUGCUGCUGUCAACAAACACAUGCGCCAAAUCGAGAUGAGGCAGAAUGUACCCAUUAGUGAGGAAAACAUAAUUUCCGAAAUACACCUUGUCCUCAGUAGUUUUAUCAACGGCAACCCAGAGGCCUGGGCUCCCAUCAUAUCAGCAUGGUCUCUUGAUCUUCUUGGUAAAUUAUCCACCAACCAUUCCAAGCACAUCAAUUUGUCAGGUAGUGCAGGAAUUAACGAUUGCCUUCAGCAAUGGAUGUCCUGCCGAGCUACUAGAACCCUCAUAGACAUCACAGCACAAUGUUUACAGUGUCUAAUGCACGCUGAUACCGAAUCUUGUAUAAAAGCCUUGCUGGACACAAGUGUAAUGCACAGCCCACAUUUUGACUGGGUUGUCGCUCAUGUAGGUAGUUGUUUUCCAAAUGUAGUCAUAACUAGGGUACUCUCGUGUGGCUUGAAAGAUUUCUGUGCUCUGAAAAACAGCGAGCGUAAAGACAAAAAAAUGGAUCAAAAAUUAAAUUCGGUCGUCGGAAUUCUCACUCAUUUGGCAGGCAGUCACUUUUAUGAUAUCAGGACUGCAUUGUUAGACUUGUUUAUGUGGAGUUUAGAUGAAAACGUUAAUGUAAACGAAGACACAAAAGUACAAAGGUUAGCCACUGUUCCAUUUUUAUUAAAUCUGGCAUCGCUUUCAUCAAUGUUACUGAAAGCUCUCACAAAUGAUUUAUCACAAAUAUUGACGCCGGAUGUGAUACCAAGGUUAGCAUUAUUUUCUACGGACUGGGUGAAAUAUUUUAAAAAUGAUGCCACAAGUUUGAUAAACAUAGCAGUGCACUUGGCACUUGGAUGUGAUCAAGGAGCCCUGCAAAUUAUAAAUAUUCUCUUGGACACGAGUUUAAAUCCUAGCAAUGUAGGCUACCACAGUGUGAAUGCUGCACAAAAUGCAAAAAACGUUUGUCGCGAAAUUCUCGAAUUGAUUUUAGAAGAAAUCGAGCUCACUAUUAGAACAGAUCAUUGUAGAUCAACUAACAUACCAUUGCUAACAUCUAUCAAACAAGACUUACCUACUGUCAUACCUCUUCUAUUGAACUCGCAACCAUUAAAAGUUAAAACUGCAGUCAAGUUAUUAUCUUUAUUAGGAAAUCAAAAUUCCAAUGUAUUAAUAUCAGCAGCAACAUACGUUCUUCACAAAGCACAAACGAAUUUUCACUUGGCCGUAUUAGUGCGCCUUAUUACAGAUAACGCCAAUUUUUUUUCCAAAAAAUAUAAAAAUGAAAAUGCCAUUUUGGAUUAUGGAUAUUUCACUCAGGUAGUAGAGCAAGCUAUAAGGGAAGUACAGUACUCAAAUGUCACAGAUAAUCAGGCUAUUAGGCAACUAUUUCAAAAUUUGACUGUACUAUUAAAAUGGGAAAAUUCUGGUAAAGUACCAAACUUAAAAUCCAAUUUCAUAACAAGAGCCAUUAGAGUUAAUUUACUGCAAAUGGCAAUAUGCCUUAUGAAAACAAAUAACUUUGAUCUAGCAAGUGAUAUUGCUGAAUUGUUAAAUUGUCUUAAUCCACCAGACAGUACCAAUUUUCCAGCAAAUGUUGAACUGACUCUAAGAUUAACUAAAGCUAUUAUUCGCUAUUUUUUUAUAUGCAUAGCAGAAGAUGAUAUUAUAAAAAAGCAACGAGGAGUUAAGAUAGUGUGUCGGUUUCUCAAAGGCUUGACGACGUAUUCGCAAUAUGCUAGAGUAUUGGCACUGAGAGAAAUUUUAGAAAUAGCGAUAUUUGGCGAUCCUGCAAAAUAUUUUGGUGCUAAAGAAAAAUUCAAAUUCAAUGCCACAGAAGUACUUCUUUUGCAACAAAAUCACAAACAGGGAACUGGAGCCAUUCUAGCUCAAAGACACUCAUCCGUAUUCCAUGCAGGAAUCAUUGGACAAGGUCCAAGAAAACUUGCUCCAGACAAUAAUAUAGACAAAGAAAUUAUAAAAUUAAACAACACUCUAUUGACUGACGUUAUUAAGGCGUGCUGCAGCAACCGAGAUUCCGCGCAAUAUUUAGUAAACAUCGAUGCUUUAACACUGGUCAGUUUACUGUUGGUUGAACUAAUAUCUCCAGAUGUUAUGUACAAUGGAUUACCAUGGCCUGAUGAGGAAUUUACAAAGGUGACUGUUGAAAGAGAUUUGCAAAUUCGGAGAUCAUUCAAAGAUGCACCUGUACUAUGGACAUUGUUACAUUUGACGGCAUGGUACAGACCAACUUUAGCUUAUUGUUCAGUGCUUUUAAGAGCUAUUGUUGCUACAGUUUUAGCAAAUUGGAAUCUCAAUAAAGGUGUUAUGAUAACUAAUGUUAUGGCUCUUGGACAAUUGCUUCCGCCACCGCUUACAACCAUUACUGAUGUUCUGCCUGUGUUUGAACCACAUCAGAUUACUACUGUUAUGCGUGAAUGCGUAUGGAUGUACAUGCAUGAAAACAUCCCAUCACCAAUGUUGUUUACGCGAAGCGAAGGUGCAAGUAUUGCCUGGCGGGAUACAGAUACCUCGACACCGAACAUACGGUUCACGGAAACUUUAAGACUCAUAUUUUUAGCAAACAUUCACAUUUUAGGUUCAUUGUACUCUAACAUAUUUUUUAAUGAGCACAAAUAAAUGCGAACAAAAAUUAAUUUUGAAUAAAUAUAAUAUAACAUUAAAAUUGUUAUACAGAUAACUUUUUGUAAAGUGUAUAUUAUAAUAAUACCAGAGUUAAAGAAAAAAUCAAUUCUGGAAACUUUGUAAAUAUGUUUUAUACAAUAUUAUAUUUCCAAACUUGAAAAUAUUGAAUAAAUUAACAAGUAAAACUAUAUAUAAACACCCACAGAAUCAUACAAAAUAAGCUUUCUGACAUUGCACCCAGAAAAAUAUUUUUAAUAAAAUAAUUUAAAAUGCA